UGCAUAGCUGCAUCCUAAUUAAAGAACAUAUCGGAGAUCAUUUGAGAGUCGAGUCCAUCGAACGCCACUACGCACUGCUGCAUCAUGGCCAGGGGAAGUCGAACACUCCAAUUAGUAUGCCUAGCUUUAAUUGCUCUAUCGCAAUGGCACACACUGGCCACUGCAAUGCCCGUCACCAAUGAGGAGCUGCGCGGCACCAUACAGUCGCUGAUCUAUUCGUACAAUCAGCUCGACAAUAAGCUGGAACGGCACGAGCAUCGAGAGCGUGCCCUGGGGGAGCUGCUGAAGAAGGCGCUGCAGUCGCUGCAAAAGGGUCAAAAGAGUCUGGAGCCCAUCAAUGGGAUAUUCGGAAGGUUGGACGAGCGGGUUAGCCAGAUCGAGACAAUGCUCAUCACGCAAGAGGAGAAGUACAAUUCGCAGUCGGAUCGCUUCAAUCAGGCCACCGAGCACAUGUUCAAAUGGAUGCGGGAGAAUGAUGAGUGCUUCAAGCGCCCACCGGCUACUGCCAAUCUGAUUGCGGCUGCCCCAGCACCAGCGGCCAUUCCCAACGAGUUUAUCCAGGAGCAGCAGCGUCUCAACAAGCGGCUGCUGGAGGAGAUCCAAAAACUCUCCUCGAGUGUGACCGCGCUGCUGGACAGCAGCAAACAGACAGCCGCCCAGACCCAAAAGAACUUUGACAGCAUGCCCAAGGCCAACGAACUGCUCACCCAGAUCGAGGCGAAGCUGCAGCAGCACUCGACCAGCGUCACGACCGCCGCACCGCCAAAGAACGAUGAGUUUGAGCUGCAGCUGCUGGAGCGUCUGAAUGCUUUGGGCGGUCAGGUGGCCAAACUGAGCGAUGCGCCGCCUCCCGCUGCUCCUGUUGGACUCAAUGACAAGGACAGAGCGUACAUCCAAGAGUUGAAUAACGACACACUGAAUGCCCUGGCCAAGCUGAAGAGUGAGACUGUCUCGGGACAGCAAACAGCUUUGACCCAAACGACGGAGCGUUUGCAGCAGACAGAGGCCAACAUUCAGGCGGACGUUAAGCAGCUCUCCAGCGAUGUGAGUGGGCUGAGCACAUUAUUUGCCUCCGUCAACGAGAGCAACAGCAAGCUGAACGAUGGCUUCGAGGCGUUGGGCAAGUUCAACAACAUCAUGAUGACCAAUUCGGAAGUGGUGCUGGACACGCAGCGCAAGGUGGAGUUCGGCACACUGCAGAUUGUGCAGCGUGUGAGCAAGCUGCUGGAGGAGCAGGUGACCGACUUGAAGGGUGUGCUCAAGACACGCUUCACCGCGCUGGAUGGGGCUGUGGUCAGUGGUCAGCAGGAGACGAGUCGCAAUAUUAGCGGACUGCUCGAUACGGAGCUCACACAGGUGUGGCAUCGCAUUGAGAUCAUGUCCAGCGAAAUUAGCCAGAGCAGGGAAAUGCUGAGUGUCAUUCAGGCCGCUUCCGAUGGGUACAUCAACAUCACCUUGGCCACCAUGAUGGGCCUGGGCGGCAAGGUGGAGGAGACAAAGAAGCACAUGAUCGAUAUGGAUGAGAAUCUGAACUUCCUGCUGGGCAAAUUGUCGCUUAUGUCCAGCGAGUUUGCCAACAUCAAGAAGGGCCUUGCCGACUCGCUGGAGGAUCUGCGCAACUCCUUCCAUAUGCUGCAUGAGCGCAUGCCAACGGGUCCGGGGCCGCAUAACAUCGAAAAGAAUCAGUAUCUGACCGAUGUGAAUCUGCUGUCCAAGCGCCAUGCUCAGGAGGAGUAGUAGAAGGCAGAGAGCCACAGCCACUGCAAUUACAAUUACAAUUAAUAUACAAAUACAAUAACCCUAACCGUAGCGCUUAAGGACGCCCACUUACAUAUACACACAUCCCCACACACACACACACACACACACACACAUACAUACAUACAACAUAUUUAUGCAAUUGCGAUCUUAAAAACAAAUCUCUCUUAAAUACAUUUCGUUUAUGAA